CGGAGGGUGUUUCAUAUCCUGUGAGCAGUUGGAGAAAUGUAUAAAAGCUCGCUCCGCUCCAGACCUCUCUAUCAACUUCUCCUGGCUCGUUCUCCUUGGUGAACAAGACUCACAACCACCCCAAGAAGUAUGUCUGGCUGCAUGGAGUCCUGCAGACCCUACGGUGUGAGCUGCCCUCAGCCGAUUGCCGAGAGCUCCAACGAGCUGUGUGUGCAGCAGUGCCCUGACUCCAGAGCAGUGAUCUUGCCCCCACCGGUGGUGGUGACAGUCCCUGGCCCCGUGCUCACCUCUUUUCCUCAGGAGAGCAUUGUGGGAUCGUCAGGCCCAGCCGGGCUGGGGGGCUCCUUCAGCUCCCAGAGCUCCCUGGGCUCUGGGGGCUCCUUUGGUCUGGGAGGGUCUCGAGGUUAUGGGAACUCCUUUGGCCUGGGGGGUUCCCGGGUCUAUGGGAGCUCCCAGGGCUAUGGGAGCUCCUCUGGUCUGGGAGGCUUUGCAGGAUCCUGGGGCUAUGGGAGAUCCUUUGGUUUGGGGGGGUACGGAAGAUCCCAGGGCUAUGGAAGCUCCUCUGGCUCGGGGGGCUAUGGAGGAUCUCAGGAUUAUGGGAGCUGCCUGGGUUACGGGGAUGACAUGAGCUACGGGGGCUCCCUGGGCUAUGGGGGCCAGUAUGGCUCCAGUGGCUUUGGCAGUUGUGGCAGGUCCUACAGCUCUGGCCUCUCCUCCUGCGGCACUGGCUAUUUCCUCCCUGGUGCCCAGCGGUGGGGCAGAUCCCGCCGCGGGAGCUGCGGAGCAUUCUAAAGCCAUCACCAUCAUGCCCAGAGCCAGUAACAUCCCUGAAGCAAAGGCUGCAGCAGGUGGACAUGGAGCAGGAGCUGAGGGGACCGGCAGCACCCAUCAGCAGCCCCAGCAUGGGGACAGGAGGAUGCUGUGUGCCCAGUGCCCUACUCACCUGUGCUACCAUGUGCCCUGGCUGCAUCUUCGGUGUCCCCUGUAUCUUCCUGCCACCUCCACUGUCCCCUGUGUCCUAACCGGGGUGCUGUACCCACAGCACAGUCCCUGCAUUGCCCAUUUUCCCUUGGAUCACCUUGAGUUUCUGUAACUGCCUGCUAUGUUCUUGUGUCCCAAUAAAGCCCUGUGGUAUUGCA